GUGAGUCCCAGCAGCUCUCAGGUCUUUAAAGGAGCCUUUGUGUCUCUGAGCUGUGAGGAGGACGACAGCUCUGCUGGAUGGACUCUGAGGAGAAACACAAGUAAACGACAGAGGACUCAGUGUGGAGAUGGAAAAUCAGAGGGCUCUUCCUGUAACAUCAGCUUCAUCAUCCCACUGGACAGUGGAGUUUACUGGUGUGAGUCCAGAGAGGGUCCCAUCAGUAACAUGGUUAACCUGACAGUCACUGGUGGAUCAGUGAUCCUGCAGAGUCCUGUCCUCCCUGUGAUGGAGGGAGAUGACGUCACUCUGCUCUGUAAAACAAAGACCACUCCCUCCAACCUCACAGCUGCUUUCUAUAAAGAUGGCUCCCUCAUCAGGAAGCAGCCUACAGGUCACAUGACCAUCCAGCAUGUUUCCAGGUCUGAUGAAGGCCUCUACAAGUGUGACAUCAGCGGUCAUGGAGAGUCUCCAUCCAGCUGGAUCACUGUCACAGAGAAACACACCACCACACCUCCACCUACAUCCACACCUCCACCUACGUCAGGAUCGAUCCCAACAUCCUCAUCUGCUUAUGGCUCCUCUCCUGUUCUUGCUGUAGUGGUACUUGCUGGAUUAGUCUGUUUUGUGGUUUUGCUGGUGUUUCUGGUUCUGCUGGUGAUACGAUGUGUUCGUUUGAAACCUGAAGAGAAUGACCCAGCUGCAAUCUACUCGGGAACGAGAUCUGAAGAUGUCAGUUAUGGACAAAUCAUCAUCAAAGAUAACAGCAAAAACUUGCAGAUAAGAGGUACACCUGGUCUUCUUUCCUUUUUGUCAUGGUUCAGUUCUAGAGCCAGAGCUGUGAACCUUUGUCUUGCAGUUAAUUAAUGCAGGAACUGUUGCUCACCUAAUUUAACUAACUGCUUAGUAAACUUUCAUUAAUUGUGAUUCUACUGAGUCUUCUGUUCCUAGGACUACACUCUUCUAUAUUGCAUCCACUUAUCCACUUCAGGGUUGUUGGGCGUUCAGUUGGUUCAGUUUUAGUUCUAUAGCACCAAACUGUAAUGUAAACAUUGCACAAUAAUACAGAGAAAACCUCAACAAUUAAACAAAGUUCUUUGAGCAAGCUCUUGGUGGCAGUGUGAAGGGAAAAACCCUUUCAAUAGCAAGAACUCUCCAGCAGAACCAGGCUCAGGGAGGAACAGCCAUCUGCAGCAACCAGUUGGGAGUUUGGAGACACUUCUCUGGUGUUGUACUUUGAAUCUGUUUGAGCCACAUUUCUAUUUUGAGGAUUACAUCGUUUGAUCACUGACACCAAUUUUGACUUUCCACACCUGCUCAAGUCUUUCCUAAAGAUGUACUUUCCAUUUUUCAUUUCUCUAUUUUCUUGUGCUCCUUCUUCCUGAUGUUGCUGUCUGCUGGGGUUGCCACAUCUAUCACAACUGCAGUCUUCUGCUCCUUGUCAACCACCAAAUAAAGCUUGAUGUCAUCUAUGUACUGAACAGGAGAUCCAAUCCCAAGUCUACAUUUUCAUCUGCUCGUAUUGAUGAGCUGGUCCAGAGGGUUGAGGUCCAUUCAGAACAGCAGUAGGGUUCUUUGGUAUAUUCCAGACUUGACGUUGACUUGUGUGAUUGCGCAACACAAGCUUUUAGCUUGAUGAGUUUGUUGAUGUCUUGAGAUGUGUGUAAGGAGGAAAAGACCUUUAAUACAAUGACUCAUUUUCAAAGUUCUGCAUGUAAAACCACAGCAGCUACUUCCUGUUUUUGACUCCAGCUUACUGUAGUUUUAAACUGAUAAAAACUCUCACCAUGGCCUGUCCUCGUUGUAGAACGUUUUUGCUUUGCACUCUGUGCAGAAGUGUGUCAGCCUGCAUGGAAAUAGGAUGGCAUCUUUGUGGUCGUUCAAUUAUCUUUUCCACGGAUAUACCCUCGACUCUUUUUGGUUUCGGGGGUGGGGGAGAUGCAGUGUCACCUCAGAGGUAAAAACUAAUAAAAGAAAUCUGAAACUGUUCAUAAAAGCCAUUAAACAACAUUAUCAUUAUGCUGCAUAAAACAAUAUUUAAUAACCAUUAGUGUUAAAAUAUAAAUUACUCUUAUACAGUUGAGCUGGAUCACUUUCUGCAUAAUAAAAAUAUUGCAAUUGCUGUAGGCACAAGUUUACUCAGAGAUGAGGAUAGUAGACAUCAAUUGUUAUAUCAUCAUCAAUGGCAAGGAAAAAUAACCUAAGUGGUACAUCAGCUUUAGUCUCCAACGAGAGGUUUUGUGCUUGAUGGUUAAAGAAAGUGAAUCCUCAAAAUUAUGAUUAUCAAGUGAAUUAUUUUGGGAAACCAUGAUAGAAACUAAUUCCCACAAAAUAUAGUGCACUAUAUUGCAUUGCAUGCACUAUAUUGCCAAAAGGAUUCAGUCACCCAUCCAAAUCACUUGGGCCAUGGGUCAGGCUCGAACCCAAGCCAGCUGCUCUCAGCCAUGCACCAUGUGGUGAUCUGGAAAGCCUAGUGAGCCAAACCGAGCCUCACACUCAUCUGUCAGUUAACUUCACACACAAGUGUGGGUUUGACAGUUGCUAUGAGAACGGUACUUCCCUGACUGCAUUGUGCCAAGUGUAAAGUUUGAUAGAGGGGGGAUUAUGAGGGGGGUUGUUUUUUAGGAGUUGGGCUGGCCCCUUUAGUUCUAGUGAAAGAAACUCCCAAUGCUUCAGCAUCCUGAGACAUUUUGGACAAUUGCAUGCUCCCAACAUCGUGGGAGCAGUUUGGGUAUGGCCCCUUCUUGUUCCAUCAUGACUCCAUACAAUGUGCAAAGUAAGGUCAACAUAGAUAUGGAUGAGUGAGAUUGGUGUGGAAGAACUUGACUGGCCUGUGCUUUGGGAAUAACAGCGGAGACUGCGAGCCAGGCCUUCGCUUCCAACACCAGUGCCUGAUGUCAGAAAUGCACUUCUGGAAAAAUGGUAAAAAUUCCAAUGAAAGCACUCCUAAGCCCUGCCGGAAACCUUCCUAGAGGAUGUAAAGCUGUUAUAACUUUAAAGGGUGACCAAACAUCAUAUUAAAUCCUAUGGAUAAAGAAUGCCGUUCAAGUUCACAUAUGUGUAAAUGCAUCAAAAUUAGCCCCACAUGUGUCUGCUGUCUGAUUUUGGUACAAACACAUGUUUUUAGCUGGAUGAACAGAGAAAAUCUGAACAGACCAAACAUUCUUCACUGUGUGUUCUCAGCCCCUCAAACCUGUUCUUGAAUACAGACUCAUUUUCAAACAUUGGCAUGUAACCACAGCAGCUAUUUCCUGUUGUUGACUCCAGUUUACUGUACUCUGAAACUGAUAAGAGUUUUUACCACAGUAUGGCCUAGUUUUGAAACAUGUUUGCUUUGUACUCUGUGCAGAGACAUUUUGGAAGUCAGAGGGGCUUCAGAAUUUUUGGUUACUGUGUGGUUCAUGUAGAGUUGAAAUACUUCAGAAGUUUUAUAGCAGACAGCUAGAAUAUGUAAAUACAAGGUAACAAACAGUAGCGGUUUUAGAUACGGGCAGUUGCCCGGGGCGGCAUCACGGGUAUCGGCAAAAAAAAAAAAAUGCUCGUACUCAUGCUGCCCCGACGUCAGCCAGCGCAUAUUGGGAA